UCGUUUAAAUCCCAUGGAACUUUACAACGACGACGAGUUUUUGUGCCGAUUCCGCUUCAGCAAAAGUGCCGUGCAGCAGCUUCUCGCAAUGCUGCCUCUGCGGGAACGCACCGACGGACGUGGGUUCCCUGUGCCGCCUCUCCUGCAGCUCCUUAUAACACUGCGGUUCUAUGGAGCAGGCACAUUUCAAAUUGUGACCGGGGGCCUCGUAAAUGUUUCGCAGCCGACGGUCCCCCGGGUCAUCGAGCGCGUAUCCACCAUGAUCGCGAGAAGCCUGUUCACCGCGCUUGUGAAGUUCCCUGCCGCUUCAGAAGUGAGCGGUGUGAUGGGCGAAUUUUAUAAGUUAGGAAAGUUUCCCGGUGUCAGCGGGUGCAUUGACUGCACCCAUGUGCCGAUUAAGAGCCCUGGUGGUGACCACGCCGAGGUUUAUCGCAACCGAAAAGGAUACUUUUCGAUAAAUGUUCAGGGCAUCACGGGCCCUGACCUACAAUUUUAUGAUGUAGUGGCCAGCUGGCCAGGGUCUGCCCAUGAUAGCAGAAUUUUCGACAGCAGCCGUGCAAGAUUGCUCUACGAGACUGGUGUCGUCCCCGGGAUUCUUCUCGGAGAUAUGGGCUAUGCCUGCAGGCCAUACCUCAUGACUCCACUCAAGGAUCCUGACCAAGGCAGCCCAGAGUACAGGUACAACAAGUCACAAGCAAAAACACGAAACAGUGUGGAACGUGUGUUCGGGAUAUGGAAGAGGAGAUUUCCAUGCCUUCAGAUGAAGCUGCAAGUUCAAACAAACACUACACUUGUAGUUAUCACUGCAUAUGCGGCACUUCACAACCUCAGCAGAAUUCUGCGUGACCCAUGCCCUCCCGAUGUACAGCCCCUCACUGCACCCAGUGUUCACCAGCCUGGACCAACAUUGCCGAAUGGACAGCCACAGACCGCAGUACAAGAUUCCAGUGGAUUUAGAACCCGUGCUCGUAUUAUUGCCGAUUAUUUCUCGUAAAUCCAUAUUCAUUCACUCCAUAUGCAUUCACUUUAGAUUACUCUUUAAUUAAAAAGGACAAAAAUAGGCAGGUAGGUAGGUUGAACUGGUGGUGCAUUCAGCGAUUCAGUACGUUCAUUUCCGGGCAAACAACUGUAGUGUUAUGUUUUUGCAUGCCUCCUCGUGGAACGUAAGCGGGGAUGCGCUCUUUGUGUGCUGCCCCAAAUCUAUCGGCAAUCUACGCAGACGGUUUAAACGGGGGAAAAGUUUCCCGGCUCUUGUAGCAUGUGUAGUGAACUUCAUCAGCGCAGCAUAUGCACGCUACUCGUAACCGGACGAUCCGUUUCUCUCUGUCCGCGAGAGAAGGGGGAGUGCAGCGUCCUGGCGUGCGCCAGCUUUCCAACACAUGCAUACUUUAAACUUGCACUGUGUUAUGGUGGCUGCAUGCAGGCUGUUUCACAACACAUGUGCGAAUAGAAAAUUCAUGGUGCUUUGCGACGA